AGAACAAGGCAUCUAAUGCAAGACUUAACAACAUUGAUGCCUCACUCUAAAGCAGAUACUAAAAUGGACCGUAAAGACCAGUUGUCUGUAAUUAAUGAGGUGUGUGAAAUGAAAAACUGCAAUAAGUGCAUCUUUUUUGAAGCCAAAAAGAAACAGGAUCUCUAUAUGUGGCUUUCAAAUACACCACAGGGACCAUCAGCUAAAUUCUUAGUGCAGAACAUUCACACACUGGCUGAAUUGAAGAUGACAGGAAACUGCCUAAGGGGCUCACGGCCCCUUUUGUCUUUUGAUCCAACAUUUGACAAGGAGCCACACUAUGCCCUGCUAAAAGAAUUGUUUAUUCAGAUAUUUAGUAUACCACAGUAUCACCCCAAAAGCCAGCCUUUUGUAGAUCAUGUUUUCACCUUCACCGUUACAGACGAGAGGAUCUGGUUUUGGAAUUACCAGAUAAUAGAAGAUGCAUCUCUAGUAGAAAUUGGGCCUCGUUUUGUCCUGAACCUCAUAAAAAUCUUCCAAGGUAGCUUUGGAGGACCAACUCUGUAUGAAAAUCCCCAAUAUCAUUCCCCAAAUAUGGUAAGCAGCUUUAUAUUGUCAGUGGUGGCUAAGUUUAGAGAGAAUUAGCAAGUGAAGAAAGCACAAAAGAUUAAGAAAAAAGAGAAUAAGAUGCUUAUUGAAGAAGAUCCCACUGAAGUGGUCUUUGAAACUCCAGCUGAAGAAAAGCCAAUGGAAAUACAGCUUGUGAAACCAGGGCCAAAGGCAAUUGUAAAAGAUAAAAGGAAGCAAUGCAAAAUUCAGAGGAAGAAGCAAAAAAAGCAUUUCAGAAUUGAAGCAUCAGCUUAA